AUGCCUCGCCCUAUUACCUUCGUCGUGUACGAUCAGGCUUCACCAAGAACUUCUAAAGAAAAUCGUCGAAAAAUAGCUUCUCACAUUGGCAAGCACUAUCGAAAUCGCUCAGCACCUGCCAGAACCCUGAUCGCACCUAAUACAAAGCGUCUGAAGCCAAUGGUCGACCCAACUAGUUGCAGUCUCGUGCCUGUCAUUUUGGGGACUCCCGAAGAAACCGAAAACUCACCCAAACCCCACGAAAUCAAGCACACGUCACGGGUCUCAGCAAUGGCUACUAUACAACGGAACAUGUACACAAUAUAUCCCUCUCCACAGCAAUGGACCCAAUUUCCCUACCCCGAACGCCACCAUACCUCUGCCAAAGUUGCAUUUGAUCUCGAGGUGAAUUAUGUCCUUCCACGACAUUCCAACUGGGGUCCGGGUCCAAACGAGUAUGUGAACUGUCUUGUGCAGAUGAUGUGCAGAAAUGGCGAGCUCUUUGAUGCGAUUGCGGCCUCGGCGUAUGGCGUGUACGCGUGUAAUGAACAUCGAUCAUCCAUAAAGCCAACCUCUGCAGGUUUGACUCAUAGGGCACGAGCCUUGCAGGGGAUGCAACGAAAAUUAAUUAGUCCACUGGAGACAAUUAGCAACGAAACUAUGCUUGCCGUAUUUUACUUGUUGGAGAACGCGGCCCGUUUUCGGCACCUUCGAGACUUCCGUACACAUUAUAGUGGCCUUCGCAGAAUGAUGGAGCUGCGUGGCAGGAUCACGCCCCGUUCACUCGAGGAGACAUAUGUCAAUCAAGCCAUUGUCAUUUUGGAAUGUUCAGAAAUUGCGUGGGAGACCAGAGUGUUAAUUGAGAGGCCUCCACCCAUCAACUUGACAUACACAGCCGGUGAAUUUGAAAAUAAUCUACCAGUCAGAUUCAAGUCAUUGCCAGUUGGGUUUCAGAGCUUGGCUGUUGAAGGUUCUCUAAGCGUUGAAGUACUGUCCUUACUUGCCGAGGUCCCACCUGCCGAUUACAUUAAGCAUGAUCUAGGGGCAUCUGAGCGCCAACUCGAAGUGGUUCAGCGUGCACGACUCCUGCUCCGAGCGUCCAAAGUAGCUGUUGAGCGACUGGUGUGUCUCGGAGCGAUCGCAUACUCACUAAGGGUUAUUAUCAUGAAGCACUUCUUCUCAGAGCCGUCUUUCUGGAAGAGGUUGGCGGCAAGUGGACGGAUAGUUUCCGAAGACAAGUACAGCAGACUACACCAAGAACUGAAAGUAUGGGUAACAGUGAUUGCUGCUGAUCUUGCUUCCUCGACCUGCCAAGAGUUGGCUAGAAAAGCAGUUAUGAGGCUGAAAGACCAGGAGGAAUGGGUAAAUUCGUGGGAGGAAGUGUCGCACUCGAUGCAGAAGUUCUUUUAUUCACAAAGUUUCGCGCCGACAUGGCAGAAAUAUUUGGAAUGUACAAUUCUGGAGUAA